UAGGGGGUUCUGUUCUUCUGCCCUGUUCUGUUGAAACCCCCUUGCCUCUGGAGGAGCUGGAGGUGGAGUGGAGAAGGACAGACUCAGAGUCACUGGUGCACCUGUUCCAAGAGGGAGAAGUUAGACCAGAAUCACAGAACUAUAACUACAAGGGUAGAGCCCACUUAUCUUCUGACAAAAUAGCAAAAGGAAACUACUCUCUUCUUCUGGAAAACGUUACAGCCAGUGACAGAGGUCUUUACAGAUGUGUGGUUUACACAGAUUUGGAAUCCAGUGAAAUUACAUGUGAAAUAAAAAAUGUGGGUAAGUCUUUCGCUUGUUUUUAAUUUCCUUUCUAAUCCAACAACUCAAAUUAUUAGUUUUUUCAAAGUGAAGCCAGAACAUGUGCUUCAGCUUGGAGCAGACAAUGACAAAACUAUUGAUAGAUAUGGAGUGUAUGUAUUCUGCUCUCAUGUUGUAUGAGGUAAUGUAUCAUACAACAACAUUGUUUUUUUUGUUUUUGUUUCACCAUAAGUGUAGAUGUCAACAUUCAGAAACCUCAACCCCUAAAUCCUAGACAAAUACAACAAACAUAAUGGCAACAGACAGGAUCAGUGGACCUCAUUCUCGAACGCAGUUAAAAAAAAGAAUGUAGAAGAAAUUUCUUCACAUUUAUAGUAGUGAUUCUACAAGGCAUCGUGACGUCUUAAAAAAAAAAAAAAGCACUACACGAACACUGCAAAUGGCAGUGAAUAAAUAAAUAAGCACUAAACUCAAUCACGUGGAUAUAGCCAUAGUGGAAUAGAAUGGACACAUAAACAUUCUGCAACAGUACCUCCACCUCUGCACCGGUAAAGUUAGGUCUGCGUGUACUGGCUGGUGCACCACCGGUGUUGGCUUUCCGCUUUGACAUGAUUUUGAUCAGUUCUCAAGUUGCUUUUGCGUUGUCUGUGGAUUCUGUGUGCACAUUGCCCUAUUGUUGCAUGCCCUUAUAAGGAGCUGGCAGGGUGUUUAUGUUUGCAAAUUCAGGUGUGCGAGAACGCGCGUUUAAUUUAAGAAUCAGUGAACAGCUAAGUACACUUUGGCGUUUUAAAAACACAUUUCCACACGUUCAUGAAUCCGGCGGGGAUCUUUCUGGGUUGGUCUUACGAAGUUUGAAAGAAGAUAUUGAAGAAGACACUUAAGAAAAUGUCUGCGAAUGAGGUCCAUUGAUGUUAGUAUCUCUAGAGCGUACGGAUAUCCGUCUUCACCGUCUUGAUUUGGUAUGUCUUUUAUGUUUCCUUAUGUCUUUUAAGAGUAUUUAAUGGUACAUGGAGUGGGCCAUGCUGUUUUUGCCUAUUUUGGUGAAGAGAUUGUCCUUAACUGCUCUGUGGAUUCUCAUAUCCCACCUGAAAGACUGGAGGAGGUUAAAUGGAGGAGGACAGACCAGGGGAUGUUAGUGCUGCUUUACCAACAUGGUGAGGUCCUACCAGACUCCUCCCAUGAGAGAUAUCGAGGCAGAGCAGAGUUCUUCACCACAGAAAUCCCCAAAGGCAACUUCUCACUGAGACUGAGGAAUCUGAGGACUGAAGACAAAGGGGAGUACAUCUGUGAAGCUCACAGUGGUCUUCUAUUAGGAAACACCACUGUAGAACUGCUAAGUCUUGGUCUCUCCACUACACACCAGCUGAUUGUGGUGCUAUGUAUGAUUGCCUUUGGACUCAGCAUAGCAUCUCUGAUUCAUUUUAUAAAGACAGGGACAGACAGAGGUGUCAUGCUAGUGCAUUUCUCACUGGUCUUCAGUCCAAACAUCCUUAUUUUUGUUGCAUUCAUUCUGUGGGGAUUCAUUGAGGGCUAA